AUGGCUGACGCUCCCGGAGAACCCGUUACUCUCAAGUCCAAGAUCUUGGGCACUGUUGCUAGUGCAAGCCAAUCGUAUGCUCCCUUGAAGAGCAUUUGUCAAACCGUUUGUGGUUUCCAUAUCUACGCUCAUGAUAUGACCCGUCAAGUCCACGCUCAUCAUUUCUGCUCCCACGUCAACGAAGAUUUCCGCCAGUGUGUUAUUUAUGACUCGCCCAAUUCCGAUGCUCGUCUUAUUGGUAUUGAGUACAUUAUUUCGGAAAAGUUGUUUGCAAAACUCGAUGAUGAGGAAAAGAAGUUCUGGCAUUCGCAUGACUACGAAGUUCGCGGGGGUACGUUGGCUAUGCCGAUGUUGAGCGGUAUGCCCGAAGUGGCCAUUAGCGCCGCGGAACGUCAACCCAUGUUGGACUUGCAAAAGACCUACGGCAAGACUUGGCAUACAUGGCAAGUAGACCGUGGUGAUACACUUCCUUUAGGUCCUCCUCAGCUCAUGAUGGCUCUCACUGCUGACGGUCAACUGGAUCCCGAAAUGGAACAGAAGCGUCAAAGGGAAGAAGGAAUCUCUACACAGACCAAGAAGGACGAACGUAAAGACUUCCCUGAGUACACUCCUUUGGAGGGUGCCGACCACUGGAAGAGUGGCAAGUCCGUCCAGUUGAAAACAGAAACCGUGCAAUUCAAGAGCAAGUAA